GCUCGGUAUUGCUCUCACCCUCUCAGAUUAGUCCGUCCGUUGGCGUUCUAGAGCGGUUACAACUUUGUUCGUCGUUGUUAAGAAGUUUUGAAUUUCGACCAUAAUGAGGGAAAUCGUACACCUACAGGCAGGCCAAUGUGGCAACCAAAUUGGUGCUAAGUUCUGGGAGGUGAUAAGUGACGAACAUGGCAUCGACCCGACCGGGACAUAUCACGGAGACAGCGACCUGCAGCUGGAACGAAUCAACGUCUAUUACAACGAGGCAACGGGUGGGAAGUAUGUCCCUCGUGCAGUGCUGGUGGACUUGGAGCCAGGCACAAUGGACUCCGUGAGAUCUGGUCCCUUUGGACAAGUUUUUCGACCAGACAACUUUGUCUUUGGCCAGAGCGGAGCAGGUAACAACUGGGCUAAAGGCCACUACACUGAGGGAGCUGAGCUGGUGGACUCAGUCCUGGAUGUGGUGAGAAAAGAGGCAGAGAGCUGCGACUGCCUCCAGGGCUUCCAGCUCACCCACUCCCUGGGAGGAGGCACCGGCUCUGGCAUGGGCACGCUGCUCAUCAGCAAAAUCCGAGAGGAGUACCCGGACCGCAUCAUGAACACGUUCAGUGUGGUGCCUUCACCCAAGGUGUCGGACACAGUGGUGGAGCCAUACAAUGCUACCCUCUCUGUCCACCAGCUGGUGGAGAAUACAGAUGAGACCUACUGCAUUGAUAAUGAGGCCCUGUAUGACAUCUGCUUUCGCACACUGAAGCUCACCACCCCCACCUAUGGUGAUCUCAACCACCUCGUCUCAGCCACCAUGAGCGGGGUGACUACCUGCCUGCGGUUCCCUGGCCAGCUCAAUGCUGAUUUGAGGAAACUGGCUGUCAACAUGGUGCCCUUUCCCAGGCUGCACUUCUUCAUGCCAGGGUUUGCCCCCCUGACCAGCCGCAGCAGCCAGCAGUACAGGGCGUUGACGGUUCCUGAACUCACCCAGCAGAUGUUCGAUGCCAAGAACAUGAUGGCAGCUUGCGACCCACGGCACGGGCGCUACCUUACAGUCGCCGCCAUCUUCAGAGGCCGCAUGUCCAUGAAGGAGGUGGACGAGCAGAUGCUGAACGUGCAGAACAAAAACAGCAGCUACUUUGUGGAGUGGAUCCCCAACAACGUGAAGACGGCCGUCUGCGACAUCCCUCCCCGUGGCCUCAAGAUGGCUGCCACCUUCAUUGGCAACAGCACAGCCAUUCAGGAGCUGUUCAAGCGCAUCUCUGAGCAGUUCACCGCCAUGUUCCGCCGCAAGGCCUUCCUCCACUGGUACACUGGCGAGGGCAUGGAUGAGAUGGAGUUCACAGAGGCUGAGAGCAACAUGAACGACCUGGUGUCCGAGUACCAGCAGUACCAGGACGCCACGGCCGAGGAGGAGGGCGAGUUUGAGGAGGAGGGUGAAGAGGACAUGGCCUAGACACCUGCUGUGACCUUUUUUUUUUUUUUUCACUAUGCAACAGUAAGCGCUGGGCAACUCGUAGUCAUAUUAUUGAUAAUUGGCUGAAAAUCAAUAAUUUGUACACACAAAUUGUUAUUGUAAUUCCACUGCAAGUUAUCAAAUAUUACAGAAUUCUUGUCCAGCCUUUGUUUUCAAACGUUUCCUGUUCUGUGUUCGUACUGUUUUCAUUGUGGUCCUCUUCUUUGUUCACUUUUGGGAUAUGAAUGUUUUUAACUUGUCUCGUUUCCUCUGGGUUCAGAGGGUAUCUCCUCCUCAUCAUCACCCCCUCCCCCCGAGUGGCAAACAUGCAGCAUUCACAAUCUGUUACAUAUUCAAAUGGAAAAACAAAAUACUUGAAGCAUGCUGUUAAAAUGCAAGGAGCUUUUGGGCAAUUGACAGCUGAUGGUUAAAAUAUACAUGCUGGUAUAUGUCAGGAAAUUCUAUUUCUCAUUAUAUUUCCACAUUGGUCCACAGAGUACUAACUGUCCAGUAUGCCACAGAUCAGUUUGACUCCUUGCAUCUCACAGCUCUGUCCAUUCAUAGCAGGCAUCUGUUGACCCUGCUGUCCACUCGAUGAUGGUGUUGUGAGUUUGUGUACAAGUUCACACUCUCUUAAUUCUUUGUGAGUCUGUUUAGCCUUUUUUUCCCCCCAGACUACAGGUUUAUAGUAUGCUGUAUUUGUUAAAGAGAAUGUAACACUGAACAGUUCUAGACACUCUUUGCUGAAUUUGAUGCUUGUUUGAUAGAGCAUGUAAUUCUUUAGCAGACUGAAGUCAUUUAUCAGGCAAAACAAAGAAAAACCCUGAGAAUGCACUGAACACUAGAAGUAGUGUCAGGAUCUGGUCACUGCGACAACAUUGUUAGUGUGCUUGUUCUUAGAUCUUACUAAAACCUAAGAAAUUUAGAUUGAUUUUAUUAAAGACUUGUUCCUA